AUGGUACCCGGAGGGGUCAAGCGUGAGCGCUCCGAGGAGACCGAAGAUCCUCAUUCCAGCAAAAGGCAGCGUGUGAGUCCACCACCCAAUCCGAAUGAUCCCAAAUGGCCCCGACGUUGCUUCGCCAAAACCGGCUCCAGUGGCUCUAGCCAAAGCAGCACAGAAAGCAUCCAUGGUAUGUCGGAGAGUGAUAAAGUUGAUGUUACCAAAUCGGCUGUGAUUGACAAGUUUAGAAGAGAUGGAGAAGCCCUUGUUGAAUGGCUGGAUAAUCCUGAAGCUCCCGGAUGUCCAGUUCAACUCUCGACACUGACCUUUCAAGAUUUGAUUUGGGCCAAGCUGAAGAAAGAUCGAUACCAGGUGGUCAUGCGCAGCUGGUCCCAACCCCCACGGGGACAUAUGAACGACCUUAGCCAGCUAGGACUCCCCGUCGCGGCAGUUUACCGUAGUGUAUGGGUGAGACGCCACGGCCUCGAUGGGGGAGGUCACCGUAGGUUCUCGGAGUUCUCAAACAUGACCGUUGAAGGCGCUAUCAUUGGUGAAGCUAUCUUCCGAUAUCACGGAUACAAUUGGUCUGAUAUUGCUCUGGCGCAGUACAAGAUGGAUUUCAAUAUCGACACUCUCAAGCAUAUCUACUUUGCUGGCGUGGUGAAUGUGCAGACCUAUCCGUACGUGCGAGAUGUAAUCUACAAUGAGAAUGACCUUCCGUUCAAAAGCACUUCCAUGCCAUGCGUUUGGCACUAUGCCUCGCGACGGUAUCGGGAGAUUAUGGGGACACGGAUCGGCAAGUCUGCAGCGUGUCUUGUUCUUGGUGCAUGGCCGCGAGGAACUCACCGCAUCGAAAGGAUUCAGACUUGGGUUAGUGGUGGCGAUGCCCUUGAGAUUCGAUUUGAUAUAGUAGACAUCGUAGGCCAAGCGGCGAGUAACCUAGGUAACCUGGAGUGA